GGCUCGGGGCCCGGGGCCGUGCCGGGCGGGGAUAGCGAGCGGACGGUCCCUUGGCGGAGCUACCCGAGGCCCAGGCGAGCGGGUCUGCGCUGCGUGUUGGGCGGGCACCCGAGAGGUGACAUGUGUGGGGGCUGUGCUGCAGCUGUACCUAAUUGUACUUAACAGUGCUGCAUGUGACAGUGAUAAAUUCACAGACAUAAGGGGAGAGAGACGCCAGAUACCAACAAGCCUGCACAAGAUUCCAUGUUAAAGGCUUUGAGAUGAAGAAGACCGAUCUCUGUUUGAGCACGGAAGGGACUGAGGUGAUUCUGGCUACCUCGAGUGAUGAAAAGCACCCACCUGAGAAUAUCAUCGAUGGGAAUCCAGAAACCUUUUGGACCACCACGGGCAUGUUUCCCCAGGAGUUCAUUAUUUGUUUUCACAAACAUGUAAAGAUUGAAAAGCUUGUGAUCCAAAGUUAUUUAGUGCGGACCUUGAGGAUCGAAAAGACCACGUCUAAAGAGCCAUUCGAUUUUGAGCAGUGGGUUGAAAAGGAUUUAGUACACACUGAAGGACAGCUUCAAAAUGAAGAAAUUGUGGCACGAGAUGGCUACGCCACUUUCUUGAGAUUCAUCAUUGUUUCAGCCUUCGAUCAUUUUGCAUCUGUGCAUAGCAUUUCUGCGGAGGGACUAACAGUCUCAAAUCUUCCUUAGUAAUUACAACAAAAUGCUCUGAACUACUUUUAAAAUAUAUUUAUAGAAACAAUGUUAUCUUUGAUAUGUUUACUAUUAAAGAGAUUUGUAUCA